AUGAAUCCUCCAUCCGCUCUUUUCACCAUCUACUACAUUCUCAACGUUCUUUCCACACGUAACACUCUUUAUCUACAUCAAGCUUUCAACAUGGUUGCACUUCAACUAUUCUACGAAGGCCGAGCAGGCGAACGUCUCAUCACCAAGCCAGCCAAGUCCUUGUCCAAGGUAUGGACUAGCAUCAAGUCGACCAAGAACUCCUUUGCCUUCAAUAAGGUCAACCGCGUCCCGGUUCCUACGUAUAACGUGUCUGUUUCUACUCCCGCAGCGUCUGGCGGUCACGCUGCUGCCAUCGUCGCAUGGCCCUCUAGCGCAAGCAUCAUGAUUUCUGCAACUGGAAUCCUUCCGCCUGUCCUCACCGGUAUGGAUUCUGCAGUUGGAGAGACUGAGGGGCUUGAAGGCCUCGGCGAUGCGUACCACGACCCAGACGUGCUCGACAUCCGGAGAAGACUAUUCGUCUUGGACUUCAUUGAAGCGUUCUUUGCCAGGGACCACAAAGCGAUGGACAUCUUGAGCCCUAUCCAUGCUCCUCACCGCAAGGCUCAUGCAGCGGUGCCGUCCCAUCAACGCAUAUCUGGCACAACAGUCCUCAACGCCUCGACUGGCUCAGCGAAUGAAGUUCUACCGCGGUCCAAUUUCAAGAAUGAGACAAGCCUCAGUGACUUCAUUGUCCGUGCGAAGCUUGGUGCUGGCGCGAACGGCGUCGUUUACCGCGUCGAAGACAAGAUUACGAAUAAGACCAUGGCAUUGAAAGUCAUCAAGAGGCAAGGCGCGGGUUUAUGCGAUCUCCAGCAAUUUCGAGUCGAGCUGGAUGCCCUAAAGCGGGUCAUAGGUGAUCGUCAUUGUAUGCAAGUCGAGGCAGGCUUUCAGGAUGCACAAUGUCUCUAUCUAGCUCUUGCGUUCUAUCCAGGAGGUGAUCUUCAUGACGUCAUCCGCACUUAUCCGCGCCGGAUUCUUCCAGUUGAUCGAGCAAGGUUAUACACGGCAGAGCUUCUUGUCGGUGUUUAUCAUCUCCACUGCCAAGGGAUCAUCCACAGGGACCUUAAGCCGUCCAAUAUCCUUAUCGACUCCGAUGGUCACCUCGUAAUUGCAGAUCUAGGUUUAGCCAAGGUCUUCACGCUCGACGAUCCGAAAUCGUUUUCUCCCUACAACCCCACGGGGACGUUCACCAGCCUCUCGCAAGCGCCCUAUCUCGCGAGUUCACUCUGCGGCACCGCAGAGUAUAUGGCACCGGAACUUAUCAUGGGCGUCAAGUAUGGUUUCGCAAUUGACUUCUGGGCAGUGGGUGUCAUGCUGUACGAGAUGCUCUCCGGAAGGACUCCCUGGGCCACGGUUGACGGUCUUCACAUAGCCGAUGGCAUUGUCGAGUUUGAUCCUUACUUUGACAGCAAUUUCCAUCCCGAGGCUCGGGAUCUCCUGCGCGGUAUGCUUCAGAAGGAUGUCAAAAGCAGGCCUUUAUAUGAGGCUAUGCUUAAUCACCCAUUAUUUGCAUCGAGUGAUUGGAAAAAAGUCGAGAAACGGACCCUUCCUCCGCUUUGCAUUCCUAUGUUCGAUCAGAAAGACACGACAACAACCACAGUUCCGAUCUCGCUCGGCCAAUGUGAACCAUCGAACGAUCCGCUGCCCAACUUCAACUUCAUUUCCCCGGCGCUGAAGCGCGAGCGCCACCGUGCUCAAGCUUUGUGGAGAGUCAAGGCUAAGAGUGGCAUUCAAGGUCUUCAGAAAAUUGCCGCUAAGCUCUUCUCCCGCCGACCAGCGCCUGAAAAGAAGGAGCAGCAAGCCGCCCGUCCUGCCUGUGCAACGACCGUGACAACGUUGGUGGACGGCGACGAAAUUCGUGCUAAUUGGGCUUCUGGGGCCGCCGAGAUCUCGUGCCCUUCAUCGAAUUGGUCGUUCCGCCAUUUCAUGCGUCGUAAUGCACCUCUGGACCAAGGUGUUCCGCAACCUCAGCCAUGCGACAAUUAUUCCGGUCCAGUUCCUGUGCGACGCCUGGAGUCUUUCAUCAGCCGUAUCGAUCGAGGAGAGAGGCCUCGCCCGGGGCGGAGGAAUCUACGCGUUACUCCAUUGCCUUCUCGCGCCACCGCGUCACCUAAUGCGACCCUCGUUGCGUCCCCCACGCAUCUGUCACCAAAGGGAAUUGCCUCCCCGUCUCGAACCUCGGGCUUCAAGCGAUGGAUCAGUCGCCUCUGGCAUCCUAUUCCUAGUGCUCAUGAAAUGGUCGGGGAUGAACGUAAGACCCUUGACCUCACUGCCUAGGCGCUGUCGCUGUACCCCCGAGGCCCUCCCCUGUUUCA